UAAAGCUGCUCUGAUCACUCGCCUUUCUCUUUCCGCUGCGGCCUUUCGGUUGCUUCCUUCCCAAGGAUGGCAUUCCAUGGCUGCUUAUUGCCUCUCCCGGAACGCCGCCGCCGCCGCCGACGACGAAGUGAAUCCCACCCAGAGUACCUUGGACACAGCAACUUUGUGUAGUUGUGUGUGUGUGAGAGAGGAGAGAUGGUGACGACUGACUGGGGGCCGAUCAUCGUGGCGGUGGUGCUGUUCAUCCUGCUGUCGCCGGGGUUCCUGUUCCAGCUGCCGGCGAGGUUCAGGGUGGUGGAGUUCGGCAACAUGGGCACCAGCGCGCUCUCCAUCCUCGUCCACACCAUCCUCUACUUCUGCAUCCUCACCAUCGUCGUCGUCGCCAUCGGCGUCCAUGUCUACUCCACCAAACCCGACCCCGUAGAGUAAAUUAAAUUUAGAUUAUUCCAUUUCCAUGUGUUUAAUUUCUCCAGUGCUGGUGUAAUAUAAUGGGCCUAAUGGCGGUGGUGUUUCUUUUUUGCUCCAUAUGUAUCUUUUGUAGUAGAAUAAGGUAACAUACAUAUAUACACACAGUUAUUGCUAUAUACAAUGUUUUUUCAUGCUGUACUAGAUCAACAAUGGAGAGAAAUAAAGAUGGUAAAGAACCUCUGGGCAUUCUUUCUGUUUA